CAUCGAAUCGACACGACAUGACAAAAUGAUGGAACGUUUAUCAAUCGUUAUCUUUCUGAGUCUUGUGUGCUUCAGCCUGGUCAAAGUCGCUGGGACUCAAAACACGACGAACUCUACCUGCACCGAGAUAGGAGCCUUCGAGAUCGACGACGGAACAUGUAAAAAUUAUUACAUAUGCAUAGACAACGGCGCGACCCUGGUGCCGGUGAUGCUGUCGUGCGCCAGUUCUGCCCUAUUCGAUCCUAAUCAAGGUAGAUGCGUGCCCGGAAAUACAACUACGUGCCAGCAAACACCACAAUACGGUUGCCUUCGCUAUGGUAGAUUCCCGAUACAGGACGCGAGCUGUAAGAUGUAUUACCUGUGUUAUUGGAAUGGCAGCGGUUAUGCCAUGAUGAGUAACCUCUCGUGCCCAAACACGCUAGUGUUCAACCCAAUGUCGGAGAAGUGCGUACCACCACAGACAUAUUUAUGCUCAGAAACACAAACGUAAUCAAAUUCCAUAAAUAUAUCGCAUGAAUUUGAUUGCAAUCUGUGUAAAAGAUUUAAUGUUGAAAAUCGAAAAAUCGAUGUAUCAUUAUGUAACAAUAUUA